AUGAGCACCUUCGCGUCCCCUGCAGGCACAGACUUCUUCAACAUGGCGGGGGGGCCCCCCACCCUGGGGGGCCCCCCUACCCUCGGUCUUUCUACCUUGGGGCCCCCCCCCUCACUCCCUGGUGACGGGGGGCCCCUCGGCGCCCACAGCGGCGGCCGCAGCGGUUCAGUAACACAGUCUUCGUUGGGUUUCUUUCCUCAGACGCUGCAGCAGCAACACUAUAGCAACUAUUACCAGCAGCAGCAGCAGCAACAGCAACAGCAGCAGCAACAGCAGCAACAGGAGCAGCAGCAGCGUAGAUCCGUUUUAGGGUCUUCAUAUUACAUGGGGGGGGGCCCCAAGGGGCCCCCUCGCCGAUUUUCUAUGAUGGCAGUGGAUACAAGUGCGGAUGGGGUUUCAGGUGUAUCUACAGCUGAGAAAGGCCAGGGGCUGUGCAUCGAGGGCCCCUCGUCUCAGUUUGCUGCAGCAGCAGCACGGUUGCUGUGGAGUGGUAUAGCAGCAGAAGAGCAGAACACAGCAGCAGCAGCAGCAGCAGCAACGGGAACAGCAGCAGCAGCAGCAGCAGCAGGAGGAGCAGCAAGGGUUGCUGCUGUGUUUCUCUGCCUCCUCACGGCCUUAUAUCAGAUUUGA